AGACACCAUUACCAAGAGUAUCUUUCAAUUCAAGUUUAAUUUCAAUUGGAUUUACUAGUUGAAUGUUGGAUUUGAACCCAUUUAUCCCAAAGCAUUACACUAGGCUUUUGAUUAUCAUAAAUCAUUACUGCACAGUCAAAAGUGACAAAGGUCCCAAUUUUGAAAAGCAGGAGAGAUUUCCUCGGUGUCCUGGCCAUACCUAUCCCUCAACCAACACUGUGGCUCAAACUUUCCCGAGUUACAAAAGUAACUACUCACAAAGCACCUUGGGAUAUGCUGAGAUCAUGAGUGGCACUAGAGAAAUGCAGGUUCUUUCUAUAGUUGUAUCAAUCUGGGAUAAAUCUCAGUACACUUCAGUCUUCCCCUCAUUACUGAUAAAAGGUGAGGGGGAUGGGGUAAUGGUCAAACUGUGACAGGCUUCAGAUCCAUGGCUAAAGGAGAUAUCAUAGCUUCUCACCCCUGCUGAUAGCUGCUUUGGAGGUGUUUUCGCAUCUGUGAAAAUUUGGUUUGACCUCUCCUGUUCCUGAGAUCAGUCUUUCUUUGAAUUUCAGCUAUCAGAAUGGCUGUUGUUUGGGGCCAAAGCUAAUAUCCUGCGGCUCGAGUUUUGUGCUUCUGUGAGGAGAUAACUCUGAAUUCAAAUCAAGAGACCCACGUCAUUCAGCUAACAACAGUCUCAGAGGCCGUGCCCAAUGUCACCAGACUAUCAGAGUUCUGAUAGUGGAAACGCUGCGCAUUCACACUGAAGAGCUCAGUAGGGAGAGAGAGAGAGAGAGACAAAGAGCAGCAGGGUCAGCGGGCAGGUCACUGACCAGCACAAUCAGGGUGAAUGACAAGUGUAUCAGCUCAACUUGCCCUCCAAGCAAGCAUCUGAAGGUGUGUCUGCUGAGAUUGUAGGAAUUUUGAAGGGUACACUAAGAGGGCAUUAGUAUUACUCUCUUUGUCAAGCUGAGUCUCUCCUCAGUUCUGUCUGUAGUUUUGCAUUCUCUUUGUAACUAAUCCCAUUGUGUUAACUCUGUUCCUUUGAGUGCUUGUUGUAUUGUAUUUAUUUCUGUGCCCUUACGCCUCUCUUUCUUUUUGCCAGUAUCUAUCUUUCAGUCUUAUCCUCUGUCUGAAUCUCUCAGUCCAUCUUGCUCACAUUCUCCACUUGCAUCUAUAUCUUCCUUUGUCUCACAUUCUAUCUUGCUGGUCCUUUCUCACUGUCUGCCCACUCCGUUUGUGUACGUUUCUGCCUCUGUCUGUGUGUGUGGGUGUAUAUGCCUCUCUAGGUGUAUCUGUGUAUGUCAAUCUGUGCGUAACUUUGUCUGUGCAUAACUGUGUGUGUGUGUGUCCUUGUAUGUGGAACUGUCUGUGUGCAUUUAUCUGUGCAUGCCUGUCUCUGUGUGUGCAAGUGUGGGGUGUGAGUCUGUGUCAGUGUGUAUGUGCCUCCCUCUCCAGUUCUCAUUCUAACUCAAUUCCACUCUAGCUGUCUGACAUUCUAUCUGUCUUUCAAACUCUUUAUUUUAUUCUUUCUCUCUUUCUGUUUUCCUGUUUUUACUCUAUCUGCAUUUCUGUCUCUGUUAUUGGAUCCCAUUCUCUCAUUUUUCCCCAACAUUCUAUAUCAGAAUCACUAAAUCCCUGUAUUGUCUUAGCACCUCCUUAUUCUCUUUCAAGUUAGGUAUCUUGUUCAGUGUAUAUCUCCUACUCUGUGUAUAUAUCUUCAUCAUUCCUUCUCUCACUCUCUCUCCCUCUGUCCCAAUGUCUGGGCUUCACACUUCUCAUAAACUCCCUGCUAUCCCUUUGUUCCUAAACUUGUUGGGGAUGGUGCUGCUGAUUCUGAUGUUCCAGAUCCCAACAUUGAAAGCUGCCUGCUCAAUGCACAGCCUGAGUGAGGAUGCAAUCAUCGUGAAGGUGCAGGAGAAAAUUCUGCAGAGCCUGGGGCUGACUGAACCGCCAGAGAACUGCAAUGUAACCAGCCAUGAGCUGCGUAAUCCAUUCAAGAGUCGCAAACUGGCACGGCGCAUCACCCGCUGGAUUGGACAUCAAAAACCCAACAAGGACAGCGAUAAAUCGGAGAUCAUCUCAUUCCCCAUUACCAACAUCCCGUGUGAUUUACAGUAUGAAGGAUUCGUGGGAAAUUACAGUUACAUCUUUCAGCCAUCCCUGCACUCCCGUCGCAACCAGGUGACCUCUGCUGAGUUCUGGUUUUACACCGGGGUCCAGUUAACUCCAGGAGGUGACCAUCCUGCUGAGCUGUACUUCCUCACCGAACCUGGCAUCUUUGCCCGGGCAGCGGAGAGCAUGGUGGUCGAAGGACAGUGGGUAAUCUUCCAUGUGUCCCAAUCCUUCCUCUCAUACAUCUCGCACAAGAUACUUUUUCUUCAGGUCAAGUGCGCCAGUUGCCAGUGCGUGAGGGACCAAGUGAAUGUUCCUUUCAUCCUGUCCACAGCGAAGAACUCGGGCUCUUCUCGAUCUAGACGCUCCACAGUCCCCUGGUCCCCCGCCUAUGUCAGUCUCCUUCAGAGGCCACCAUCUCCUGAACUCAUUCACGACGAUUGUCAUCGUUCUGCUGUCAACAUCUCCUUUGAAGAAUUGGGAUGGGGCAACUGGAUCGUUCAACCCAGUGUUUUCACCUUCUACUACUGCAAUGGGACCUGCUCCAACUCCAACCGGCUCACCUCCAGCCUCGGCCUCAAGGUUUGCUGCACCUCAGUCCCAGGGACCAUGAAGCCCCUGAGAGUGAGGACAACCUCCGACAGUGGCUACACCUUUAAAUAUGAGACUAUCCCAAACAUUAUCACAGAAGAAUGUGCCUGCAUCUAGACUCUGCUUCCUCACCUUCACCACUAUGACAGGGUGGUCUUGGGCUCUUGAGGAGCUGAAGAUUAGUCAGAAUCCAAGAGACAAAUCCAAGGGGCAAUAAUAAAAUAAAUAAAGAAGCUAUAUUAAUGUCUUCAUUUUUUAUUAA